UAGAUUAAAAAUUAUAUUUAAUAUAAAAUGUUUUGUAUGCUAAUCUACGCUUAAUUCACACUUUAGUGUACGUUCUUUUCAAAUUUCGGAUCAAAUAUCUCGCAUCUACUACGAUUAUUAUUAAUAUUAUAAACAUAAGUUGCCAUUUAGUAAUACACAUAAUUAGUAAAAUUGGACAAUGAUCGAUCUCAAGUUAGUUACUCUGUGAGGCAGGGUAUAAAAUUGUUAAUUACCGAUAAAUAGUUUGUAAUAUAGACUGUUGGUACUAUGUUUGGGACAAUAUUCUUCUUCAGUUCAGAAUUGAUGCAUAACUCAUUAAGGGGGAAGCUGUUGUGAUUUCACUUUUAUACUCAUACCUUACCAUGAAUCAAAACAAAGUGUUAAGUAAAGCAGAAGAUAUUGCAGAUGAGGUGUUACGUUAUAGUAAACAUGUAAUGCCACAUCUUGCCCGACUUUGCCUAGUCAGUACUUUCAUUGAAGAUGGUAUAAGGAUGUGGCUACAGUGGAGCGAUCAACAGGACUUCAUUAAAACAACUUGGAAUUGUGGAUGGUUUCUAGCAUCAUGUUUUGUGUUAUUUAAUUUGGUGGUCCAGCUCAGUGGAUCUUCCAUGGUUUUGAUUCGCCAGAAGGUGGAAGUAGCAUGUGGACUACUGUUUUCCAUUGUGGUAUUGCAGACAUUUGCCUAUAACCUUGUCUGGAAUGUUCAGUUUCUACUAAGAGGUCUUUCUCUGAUCGGUGCUCUUUUGCUUCUUCUUGCCGAAAGUAGAGUUGAGGGAAAACGACUAUUUGCUGGAGUACCAAGUCUUGGAGAAAAUAAACCACGAAACUAUCUGCAGCUUACUGGUCGAGUUUUACUGGUCUUUAUGUUCAUGACAGUCUUACGUUUUGAGGUGUCUAUUAUUCAGAUAAUCCAGAAUGUUGUUGCUUCUGCAUUGAUGGUACUUGUCACUGUUGGUUACAAGACCAAAUUAUCAGCUCUUUUUCUUGUCGUUUGGCUCUCUGUUUUGAAUAUUUACUUAAAUCCCUGGUGGUCAGCACAUUCAUAUUUGGCUGACUUUUUGAGAUAUGACUUCUUUCAAACAUUAUCUGUGGUUGGUGGACUACUGAUGGUAGUAUCCAUGGGUCCAGGGGGGGUAAGUAUGGAUGAGCACAAGAAAAGAUGGUAGGACCCUUUAAUUUGAAGGUUUGGCUGUUUACUUCGUAUACAAAAAAAAUCCUUUCUCCAGAAAUGCAUGAUAUUACUGCCUGGGUAUUUUCUCUGUUGUUUCUUUUAUUAAAACAUUUCUUUUUAUUAAGAAGGAAAAUGCAUCUGUUGAAAAGUAAAGGGACUUGCAUGGCUUUUUAUUUUAGUAACUGAUAUUUCUACCAAAGCCUCUAUACCUGAUGUUUAAUAAAAUAUGAGUCACAAAGGAGAUUUUAUUUGUUAUGAUCCAAUCCAAUAUUUUUAAAAGGGGAAUGAUCUUCCAAGCAAUGUCAUUUACUUUAUUACAGAGAAUUCUAUGAAACAACUUAUUCAAAAAAAUUUGCAAUUAAGUCCAGCAAAACCUCAAGAAAAAAUAUUAUAAAUUUACAAAUAAGUCUUUUGAUAUGCAAAUAAUGCAUUUUGUGUCAACCAUGGAAAGCCUAGUUUGUCGUUCUAGAGGGGGGGGAUAAAAAUUUAAUUGUGCAAAUACUUGAUUAUGCAAAAUGUGCUAAUUAUUUUCAAUUUUCCUACGGUUGAGACUUUCCACUCAACAUAACUACUAAACCCAUCUUCAGCUAUAUCAUGUUACGGAUGUAAUUAGGUAACAGUGUUGCCCAUCGACAUUUUUAUACUGGUUCUUAUGACCACUGAUAAUCUUAAAAUAUUUCUUAUCAGUUAACACUAAACUUUUAAGUGCAAAUAAGUAAUUUUUUACAAUAUUAUUUUCUCGGAUGAAUUGUAGCUUUCAACUGUGUAAUGGUUUAACUGUGAGCCAUCAUCAUUGUGAGGGAAUGUGAUUAUAUUUCUGUAUUAAUUAACUAUCAAAUAUUGAACCACUUCCCCCAAUUUAAAUCCUAACCUGUGUGCUUAAAAGUAUUUAGAUAAACUUUGUUUUAAUAAUUGCAUUGUAAUUUGGAACCUUCAAAACAUUUUUGGCUUUAUUUUUAAAACUUUAUUUUAUGUUUAGUUUAGUUAAGAAGUCUUCUUUUUGUGGUUAGGUUAUUCUUUUGACAAUAAAUGAUCCACAUCACAACUUAUAAACUCUUAAACUCUAUUUUAUUAUUGUUCCUAUUAAACCAAAAUAACUGUCUGUAAGGAAAAGUUUUAAAUUUUCUUUAUUGUGUUUCAUUUGAAUCUGAUUUAAAAUAUAAAUACUUCAAGUGGUAUUCUCUUUGUAUGGGCAGUCAACUUGAGGAAAGUCAAAUAAACUUUCUAGUCAUCUCUA